AUGCUCAACGCAGCAACUCUGUUGCGGUCGCCGUCGGCCAAAAUCAUUGCUCAAGUGCAGAAUGAGAUUAUGGCCGAAGUUCCAGACCUGCCCAUGCCUGCCAAUCCCAACGAGCCGGGUUCGGAUGAACCUCCCAACUAUGACAUGAAACUCGCCACCUCGGUAACCGCCCGUGUUUCUCAUGGCGGCCCCGAGCUCUUGCACCACGACAUACCCUCUGCUCGCCGCCUUGAAGAAGUGAUUCUGACUCAGCGCCGAGAAAUUUGUCGUGAAAUCACCACCGAGCAUCGCAUCGCCCUGGGCUGCGGGAACCUGGCUAGUGUCCUCCACAAAGCCAGCCCCAGCCGCGAGCUCGCCGUAAAUCUGGCCUUUGCUGCGUCACGCGAGCAGGAUCUAGUCGUGGACCUCAAAAACAACAUUUUCCUCGCACAGCUUGCCCUGCGUCUUAACGACGAUGUCGACCCAGACCUUUCAUAUCGGGAUGUGAGCGAGCAGCUCUUUGGUACCAUCCUUGCACGUCAAGACGAGUGGCUCCAUGCCGAUGCCCGUCUCCUCGAACACCACGUGGCCAACCCCGCCGUCAUCGCCGACAUCGCCGGUGCCUUUGUCGCCCUCCCUCUCAUGAUCGUGCACGCCACCAGCUUUCGCGAGGCCAUUGAACUGUCCCUGACUACCCAUUACCUUGAGGCGCCCGAUCACCUGAGCGUCGAGCUUGCCACCUUUCGCCAGACCCGCCAACAGCUCUUUGCCACCCACGUUUGUCCGCGUCUGGGCCUGUCCCCCUCGGGCCAGCUCACCAAGUUUAUCAAGUACUAUCACCUCCUCGGCCAACUAGAGGAGCGCUUCCUCCGCGACGGCUUGCUGCGCAACAUCCAUUAUCGCUGGUAUGACUGGUUGACAGGACGUGAACACCACGACCUGCAUGUCCUGGCAGAGCGUCUUUGUGUACUAUCUGGAGCGGCCGCCUGCGCAACACAGGCCGCCGUACUCGAGCCCAUGGAUUCGGCCACAAGCUGCAGCCGAGCGCGCACUUAUUUUGAGAUGGCCGCUGGCCUCAUCGAGCUCAUGAUUACUCACCGCGAGACAGAAGGCGCCCCGCACAUUGCGAGCGAGAGCUGGACCUCAUCCAACUUGCAAAUGCUACUGGCCUUUAAUCUUGCCCAGGCGCAAGAGUGCCACUUCAAGACUCAAAUCGUCGAGCGCCAGGGGAGUGCUCUCCCGUGGCCAAAGGCUCAAGAAGCAGCUGCAGUUGCUCAUGCCUACGGUCGCGUUCGCGAGGCCUUGACCAGCGACCCACUGUCCCGCGGGCUCUGGCCCGACGAAUGGAUCGGCACUGUGUACGCCAAGUACAAGGAGUAUCAAGGCCUGGCUGAUUUGUUGUACGUGCAGCAUUUGUACCAGGACGACCAUUCGGAUCCCAAUGAACUGCCCAUGCUGCACACGCGUCUACAUCGGGCUGCACGUUCCCUCAAGCUGGCUCUGCGCGUGUGCCAAGACGAUCCCGAACACCGCCUGGCCAUGCUCCAGACACGCAUCGAGCACGAUCUACGUGCCGUCAAUCAACUGCUGGCAGAAGAGAAAGUGGGUGCGCUAGACUACGAUAUGCUGCGCGCUCUCAGCCCCGUGACGCCAACCGCAGACCGCUGGGCACAGCCCAUUUGUUUGCCUGCCCUGACCAAGCCGGCCAAUCUAUGGCGACGACUCGGCCCCGCACAUUUUUUCAAUGCUCGCUGCCCCCUGACCGAUCGGCGACGCUGCAAGUUGCUCAAAUCGACGCCCGAGCAAAGUUUUGGCCUCGUUCUGGAAGGUGGGCGCCCUUGUCGUGUCUCGGAGAUUGUUCCCGGUUCGCCCGCCGAUGUCGGUGGGGUCACGGCCGGCACGUACGUGCUGGCUGUCAACCGCACUGACGUGCGCAGCUGGCGCCACGGUCAAGUCGUCAAGAUCUUGCAACAGGCUACCAAGGGCGUUCUGCUGACCAUCGUGGAGAAUGCCGUGCUUGAUGAGGCUAUUCUCGCUGGGUCUCCACCACGCGAAUUCUUGGAAGAUGGCAGCGAGGUUGAUUCGGUCGACAGCGAGGAUCUCAAAGACAUUAUAGAUAGCGCCUUUGAUCUUCAGGAGGACGUGGGCAAGGAACAAACCGGUCUCACUCCGGAGAUGGUGUCCGUCCUGCAUGACGAGGUGGACAAGGGCCUCGUCACACACCCAACCCUCGUGCAUCAGGGCUCGAUUUAG